AUGCGCAAAAUCAGAAAUAAGGACUGCAAGAACACCAUACAGAUGAGCGAGGAAUCUCUGGGAAAAGAGCUUGGGGAGCAAAAAAGAAAUGCUAUACGGGAAGAGAAAAUCAGGCAGCUUCUAUGGGAAACUUCACCAGAACUCAAGGAGUUGCGUCAGAAAAUGCUCGUUGCUGACAUUACCAGAGACCAAAUUAUGCAAGUGGCCGAAAAGCAAGCCCUCUUAGAUUUAAAAAGGGAGGAGGAGAAAUCGUUAGUGGAAGCAGCUGCUAGGGAGAAAAGAGAAUUCGAAGAAGAACAGAAAAGAAUAGAAGAAGAAGAGUUUCGAGCAAAAUUUAAGUAUCAUAAAGAUCUGGACGAACUCAGAGAAUUCAAAAUGGCCAAAAAAGAGGCUGACAUUGAGCAAAUUCAGAGGGAGAAGACACUAAUUGAUGAAAUAAAAAGGCAAAUUCAGGAAGAAGCUGAAGAAGAAGAAAAAAGAAAACAAGAGGCUAAAAAAGAACUUCACCGCCAAGCACUAGAACUUCAAAAAGUUAGAGAACAAAUGAAACAACGUGAAAAAAUGAAAGAUAAAGCCCAGAAUUUGAAGGCUGAUGAAUACCGCAAAGCUCAAGAACUAAGGGCUAAGGAAAUGGAAGAAAAGAAGCAUCUGGAGCUAGAACGCAGAUUACGAUUACAGGAGGACUUACUUUCUUGUUUGGAGAAAAUGUACAAGGAGAAAGAAAAGGAAGAACAACUGUGGAUAGAUCUUGCUAUUGAAGAAAAAGAUAUAGCUGCGAAAAAAAGAACCGAGGAAGAGGAAAGUAAAAGAAAGAAACUGCGUGACGAACUGCAACGUCUGUAUGAUAUACAAAUGCACGUGCGAAAGCAAAAAGCAGAACUUGAGAAAAAGGAGGAAGAGCUUCUUCGCCAAGGUCUGCUCGCACAACUAUAUGAAGAAGGGAAGCUGGAACUAAUGUCACAACAAAAACGACGUCUUAAGCAAGUGGAGCACAGACGGUUAGUCCAGAAACUGAUUGAGGAAAAUCGAAAGAAGAAAUCUAUGGAGAAAUUGAGAGAAAUGGCGGAUUUCAAAUAUCAACAGGAAUUGGAAUCAGAACGUUUAAAGAUGGUGGAAGAAGAGAGAAUGAGAUACCUUAGAGAUUAUGCCACUGAAUUAUUGGGUUAUUUACCGAAAGGAGUGUUUAAAGAUGAGAGAGAAAUUGAACACUUGGGAGAAGAAUUCAAAAAGUUCUAUUCCAGACAGAAAUGUUCCAGUUAA